ACUCCAGUAAAUAACCUUGACACAAGCCUUGCUGAUUCGAGAAUGUUGGGCACAUCCCCAUGUGUUCAAAUUUCCAGUCUGGACACAUUAUCCUGGGAGGACAGCGGCUUUGGAACUUUGGAGAUAGAAGACAUGCAGAAUUCCUAUGUGGGACUUGAUGGUUCGUUUCAGGAACUGUUGUUGCACUCCGCUUCCAGGGGCAAGGAGACUCUUAACCAGACCGAAUCAAAUGGGAGGUCCAGACUUGAGCGCAGACCCUCCAGGCUUCGAGAUGAAGAGGCCAUCUCAGAAAACGAAUCUGCCCCUGGCCACCUCAAACCCCAGCUUUUUAUACAAAAAGCCUGUAUCAGAGAGAAACGUAAUGAACUCUUCCUUGAGAACACUGCACCCGAGAGCAGCACAUGUGCAGACCAGUCUGUAGUGCGGACGCUGCAGGUGGCGCGUGCCACGUGCCGGCUGAGUGCCAUGUUGGCUGGGCCAAAGGACCUGGAGGAGCUCCGGAAGUCAUCAGAGGACACCCGGGUCGUGCCUUUAGUGGAGGUCAUUGGGAGGAAAAUGGGACAGGAAAGGCUGGACAUCCUGUCAGAGGUGAAGAAGAGAAACCUGAGACACGUUUUUACAACGAUACUAAAUCUGCUGUCUUGUGAAGAUAUAUGUAGAUUUGGCCAGGUGUCAGAUGUCUGGGGUGAAAUUGUUGUACAAGACAAAAUGGCAUCUCAAAGGCGAAGAUCAUUCUUCAGAAUGCAGCAAAUGACACUUGAGCAGGGCACUACGCUCCAUGUCCCUGAUGCAGAGACAAGGUUGAAUCGCCCUUGCAGGUCUCCUCUCAUGUCUGUCCAAGCCCAGGCCAAGACUCCUCAGCAUCACACCCCAUUGGCAGGAAAUGGCAGUUUUACCAUAGUCAAGCAUCAUGUUAAACCCUCAGCCAGUAAACAGGAGGAGUUCCUCCAGGUAGCCAAAACCCUCUUUAGUGACGAGUGUCUUCGGCCUUGCCCGAGGUGCCGGCACCCUGCCAGGUGCCGCUCCGUUAAGAGAGAAGGCGUGUGCAGCUGGGGAGACUGCGCCUUUCAGUUCUGCACCGGAUGCCUGCGCGCCUACCACGGCUCCAGAGACUGUGGCGGCCGGUCUGUCAGGUGCUAUGGCAGGAAGGAUGUACUGGCUGGGAGCACUCAAAGCAGACGCAACCUGAGGAGACUGUAAAUUUUAUGUACAAAGAUCUUUUAGUUCUUUCUCAUGUUUACAGUGGCUGAUUUUUGCAUUUUAUUAAAUUAUGGAUGUGAGAGGAACCAAUGCAUCGAGAUGCAGACCUUACACCACAAUCACUUUAGAUUAAAUCUGUUUUAAACAUGUUUUUGAUUUUGUAUUUCUGUUCACUUGUGUGUGGUAUUUCUGCAUAUUAACUUCAUGCCUGUACAGCAUUAGUUUUAUACAUUUUAAAUAAAUUUAACAAAAGUUUGCCUUAUUGUUAUGGUUUGUGUAUUCCUAAAUAAUCCAUUUUGCAUUUGGAGUACAUCAGCAUGGGCUUAAAUACAUGCAAACAUUUAAUACAUCCAAACAUUUGCCUCUCCAAGUGUUAACAGACCAAAUUUAGUUUUUUUAAUGGCAGUCAUUUUUUAGUUAUCGUUUGCACACACACACACACACACGAAUGGCACAUGGAAUACGUAGCUGAUUUUGUUCUUGACUUUGAAAUGGUACUAUGGAACUUUGCUCUGGUGUUGUUAAGGUUUCGUCUCUUCUAAUCUGUUUGGAGAAUUCUGCUGCUCAUUGUUGUAUGUCAAUCGUUAUUUGCAUGUAGACGUGAAUUACCAAGGACAAGCACAAAGGGUGAUGCCUCCAUCUUGUGGCUUACCGUGGAAGUGUAGGAUGGGGCUCUUUUAAGCUCCAAAUAGAUUUAAGCUCUGAAUGAUUGGAACUCUGAUUCUGUGUUUAAAAAAAAACCUGCUAUAUUUUUUAGAAUUAUAUAUUUACUAUUCAUUAUUUGUGUUUCUGUACACUGCAGUUCUGUAGUUUAGUACCUAAAUGUUAA